AUGGAGAGCCUUGGUGCAGUUUUCCUAGGGACCAAACUACUGAAUAUUGUGAUGCUCAAGGACAAUGAUUUAAACACCACUGCACCAGGAGAAAUCUAUCGGUUUUGGACACAGAAUAGUUCAAAUACCAGAAAAUUAGGAUUUGGUCCUGAAGUUAUUGGAAAUGUCCAGGCCGUGAGAGGAGAAGAUAUAGUUAAUUCUUCUGAAAGAGCGAUCAUUUUAGGAGAAUCAUUGCCAGACCAUCAAAAGGAAGUUAAAACUGAUCUCAAUGAAGAAACACAUACUGAAGAAGACAAAAGUUCUGAUGAGUUAGGUUUAGACCAUUCAUUGGUGAUCCUGCUAAACAAGUGA